AUGAAAAAAAAGGCGAACUUGCCUUCAAUUGUCCGAGCCUCACGUCAUGGAAAGAGUUACUUUGUUGCAGCGCGCACAGGAAUAAACUCCAGGAGCCAACAGAGACCGCGGAGCGUGUUGAUACCCGGAGCUCAGGAUUGUUUUGGUUGUUUGUUCUGCUGUUUGUGAAACGAGAAGGAUCGACCGAAGAUGCGCAGGAACCUGUUUACAAGGAAAACGCAGCAAGUUUCAGUCUGAGGGAAUGCGGUGCAGGCUCAAAAUGCACAGGGAUACCAUUACUCAUCUCUCUGUUUUUCUUCUCGCCGGACCACUUUGUCUUGGGAAUAGUUUCAUCACGGAUCAUUUUUAGGCUCCGUAAUGAGAAGCAAGUGUUCAGUAAGUGGAAGACGCGAGGUUUCAGUCCAGUUUCAAAGGAUUACAACUGCCGUCGGUGCUUUUGGAGGAGAUCUUUGGUGAAAAGAGUUUUUGGUUUUGAACCUGUUGUGUUUGUGAUGCGAAAUGAGGUAGAGAGUCCUCCUGCUAUGAGGGAUUUCUCUUUUCAUAGAGCUUUUAUAGCCUGAAGUUACUGCUAGACCUGAAGUAGAACACAAUAAUAGAUCAGCAGCCUCAAUGGGCUGAGAACAGACAUUUUCUUUGCGGAUAGAAGUCAUUGUUUUAUGUAACUGUAAGAGUCAGAUCAUUUAGUUUACACAGGUCGUCCUGUGCUGCUGCACACCUGAUCCAACAGCUGCCAUGUCAUUUGAGAUGAGUUUAAAUAUUACAGUGAGCUAGUGUCAAAUGUUUCCAAUACAGCAUGCACCGAGACAGUAGCAUCAGUUUAAUCUAGGCACUAUGUGCAUGUAGAGUUUUCUGCUUUAGGACCCACUGGAGUAUCAAGAUGUCAGUGAAAGCCAAAGCCAUCUACACUUUUCUAAGUGAAAACAAAGAGGAGAUCAGCAUCCAGGAGAACGAGGUUCUGGUGAUCUUUGAUGAGAACUCAGUGGAUGGCUGGUUCCAGGGAGAGAACAGUCGAGGGGAGAGGGGUCUCUUCCCUGCAUCUUAUGUGGAAAUUAUCCGCACUCGCUCAAACUCUAACGUGACCGAUUGCUCCAUCAGCCCGGCAGGCUCUUUAGGAAACGACUCCUCCUACUUCCCGUCCACCCCAAACACUCCUCUUCAUUUGCAGCCGAGUUACUAUGACGAUGAUGACGAUGACUGGGAUGACUGGGAUGACAGAUCCACAGUGGUGGAUGAUUCUGAUCAUGCUAGGAGUCCCGGAGCCAAUGGACAUGCCAAUCAGAGCCCGCUGUCCAACAACCCCAAUGUGCACUAUCGGGCUAAGCCUCCAUCUGGACAGGACAGCAUUUCCAGCUCCAGGAAGGGCAGCAUGGUGGGCAGGAACUUGAACCGAUUUUCCAGCUUUGUCCGCUCAGGGGUGGAGGCGUUUGUGCUCGGUGACGUCCCCAUGAUGGCAAAGAUAGCUGAGUCGUACACCAUUGAGAUGGGUCCCCAGGGGCCCUGGUGGAAGGACAACCCACAGCCGUUCUCCUGCUCCAUUGAAGACCCCACCAAACAGACAAAGUUCAAGGGCAUCAAGACCUACAUUUCAUACCGGGUCACGCCGAGCCACACGGGGCGUCCCGUAUACAGACGCUACAAACACUUUGACUGGCUGUACAACCGUUUACUGCACAAGUUCACUGUGAUCUCUGUUCCCCACCUGCCUGAGAAGCAGGCCACGGGGCGCUUUGAGGAAGACUUCAUCGAGAAGCGCAAGAGGCGACUGAUACUGUGGAUGAACCACAUGACCAGUCACCCAGUCCUCUCCCAGUACGAAGGCUUUGAGCACUUUCUGAUGUGUGCUGACGACAAGCAGUGGAAACUGGGCAAGAGACGGGCAGAGAAGGACGAGAUGGUGGGCGCACAUUUCAUGCUGACACUCCAAAUCCCCAACGAGCACCAGGACCUUCAGGAUGUCGAGGAGCGGGUCGACAACUUCAAGGCCUUUGCGAAGAAAAUGGACGACAGCGUGAUGCAGCUGACACACGUUGCCUCGGAGCUGGUGCGUAAACACCUGGGUGGAUUCAGGAAGGAGUUCCAGCGGCUGGGAAACGCCUUCCAGUCCAUCAGCCAGGCUUUCAUGCUGGACCCUCCCCAUAGGUCAGACACCCUCAACAACGCCAUCUCCCAUACAGGCCGCACCUAUGAGAACAUUGGAGAGAUGUUUGCAGACCAACCUAAGUAUGACCUCUUCCAUAUGCUGGAUAAGUUGUCGCUCUACCAAGGCCUGCUCGCCAACUUCCCCGACAUCAUUCAUCUACAGAAAGGCGCCUUUGCCAAGGUGAAGGAGAGCCAGCGGAUGAGUGAUGAAGGGAAGAUGGACCAGGACGAGGCCGACGGCAUUAGGAAACGCUGCCGGACUGUGGGGUUCGCCCUCCAAGCAGAAAUGAGCCACUUCCAUCAGCGGCGGGAGGUGGACUUCAAAGACAUGAUGCAGGCCUACCUCAGGGAGCAGAUAGCCUUUUACCAGCGUGUUGUCCAGCAACUGGAGCGCACCCUGCGCAUGUACGACUGUAUGUAAAGACACCAAACUGCUUUCUGGGUCAAGAUGCCAAAAAAAAAAAAAAAAAAAACCACAGAGAAGAAGAAAUGGAAUAUUCAAGUCUUGAUUCUUUCAUCAAGGCGCUUUGUUCAGUUUGAAAGACUUUAGACGAAUUAAGUGGUAGUUACUGGAAAGACGUUUAAAGCCAGUCAGUCUUUCACUUUGAUAGAUUCAAAGUCUGUUUUCUUGUUUUCUUUCUUUUUUUUAAGAACCUACUGUAUCUUUUAUUUCUAAAAUACACAUCACAUCAGCAAUGUCACAGCAUAUUGUUUGUUUUACAUAAUUUAAGGUGUUUGUAACUUUAAAGUAAGAUUAUAGGUUUCAAAUUCAUAGUGGAUCUAUAGUUGAUGGUUCUAUAGUGUAACAUAUUAAGCCAUGAAACGGGUUCUGUUUUGAAAAUGUCCCCUUCUCUCCAACAUCAUGCACUUUGGCUUCUCCAGGAAUCGAUUCCAGUUACACCCAAGUUCCUCGAGAACAACACAUAUUCUGGUUUAUUUAACAACCUGUAAUAAACAUUCCAGGUGUUUUUCAGUCUUUUAGGCUUUUAUUAUAGUCAGUUCAUUUCCUAAUCAGACCAUUCUGGCCAAACAGGUGCACUGUACACUAAAGUGGGAUUGUACCAUCGUCUUGUCGAGUGCUCAUCUAACUCAGGUGUUCACUUCUUUGAACUUCAUGUUAGUUGUUACAAGUCACAAAUGCCUGUCUUAACUUUGCACCACAUCAAAGUCUUACAAAUGAUGUGUACUUCAGUUUAUUGAGUUCAUUUUCUUACUUAAAAAAAAAAAUGCAGUACGUGCCUUUAAGGCACUGCAGCAUUCUGAUGGAAUAGUUUUAAGUGGACCAUUUGUCUGUAGCGUGGCUUGUGUUUUUAUAAGGUGAAUUGUUGGAAUGAGCUGACUUGAGACAAGUUUGCACACAUUUUUAUAUACUAUUUGGUCAUAGUCAGUGGGAGUGUUUAUGUUGUGUGGGUGAACGAGUGUAAUGAGUCAAGCGCUGUGCAGAUCAAUUUCCUUUUCCGUGGUGGAAAAACACAAACGUGUCUUUAUAUGUAGCAGCAGGUUUGUCUUUAUGUUUUACGUGAAAAAUGUUCAGAGAGUUGAAGCAGAUCAUGUAGUUGUGAGACAGAACAUUAACCUUAAUCAUGUAGAUGACACAAGACCAAAUUCUUCCUUCUGUAUUACCCCACUUUGUGUCUAAUGUAUUCUGGAUCAAGCAUUUUGAAACAUCUAAAGCACAAAAAUACACAGAAUUCAGAUUGUCCCGAUACUACAGCCACAACAGCAUAAGACACAUUUGCUUUCUUGCCAUGAGUUUGUUGAGCAGCAUGCUCAUGUCUGACUAUGUGUGCAUAUGAAGGUACAGCUAACAGAUUAUUUGCUUAGUUUAGCUUAGCUAAGUGGAAACACGGUAGAACUUACCUGGCUGGCUACUGCUGACAAAUUUCAACUAUCUGCUUAUGAAAUACUUAUCAGUUUAAAAUGUAAUUUUCUUAAAUCUGCAAAAAAAACAGUGUAUCAACUAGUAUGAGGUGUUUUGUCUCUGCAUCUGGUCAAGAAAUAGUCCAACGCUUUACUCAUUGUAAAUCUAUAAAACUUCACAAUUCACUUUCACACUUUUUACAACUUUGUCUUAAAACAUAUUUCAGAGAUCUCAAUCGAUAAAGCGGCCUAAGAAAGGCACCAUGCUAAGGGAUGAGGCAGCUGCUAGCAACGUUAGCAUGACUGCGUAAUCCAUCCUGCUAGAGGACUACAAAGUGGCUCUUUCAGCAGAAUUCAAGAUGGCCACCUCCGCCGUCGAAUCUGAAAUUAACCUGGAGCAAGUGACACUAUUCAACCGUGUGCACUGUAUCAUUUGGAGUGAAGUCUAAAACCUUGAUAUGCUCCAUUGCGGAUGCUCACACAGACAGCUGUAGACACCUGUGGACGCAGACUUCUUGUUAUUAUGAUUCCUAGUUGUUGCUAUUAUACUACUUUCCUUGUCCAUGGUAGUCCACUAGGAGGACGUCAUUCCAUACAUGAACAGUGGAUCAUGUGUAGAUAUUCACUGCAUGUACGCUACUGCUGAACUUCCAACUACUGGCCUUGUAGCAUAGUCACUGUACAGACUGUGUGAAAGACAAUAUUAGAAGGGGUUUGCAUGGAAAUAAUUUACGUCACUUGACCCAUAGUGGACAGUCACGCACUUGCUUCCCCAAGAUAGAGUCGGUCAGAGAAUGCCUACAACAAGAACUUAAAACCUUAAGGCCUGAAACUGCUGUAACAACAUCUGCAUCCUCGUAUUUUGCUUUCUUUAGACAGAGCCAGGCUAGCUGUUUCCCUGUGUUUCCAGUUUUUAUGCUAAGCUAAACCAAAGUCCUUCUAGAGUGAGUCUCUCCACCUGGCAGACAUCUUGGUUCCACCUCUGGGCUGUUAUUUUGGGCUAACAAGACCAGGUCCCUGUCUAAAUGAAUGCAGAGAGAGGUCACUGCGACAUAAAAACUGCAUGUAUAGUGUCACCAGUCAUAUUUGAUUUUUAAAAGUUUUGUGACCUUACACCACAAUAAGGUUUAAACAGUGUUUUCCCCCCCUUCAGCUUUACUUCUACUAAGCAGGUGUCAGUGUAACAACAUGAUUAGCUGCAUGGAUCAGCUGUUGUACAGGAGAUGAUUGGCUGUUUUAGGGUCAGGGUGAGGCAUGUGUCACAGAACUGCCAUAUCUGGCUUUAUGGAAUUCUGUCAUAGAUUUCUAUUCAGGAUUCUUGAUGUGUUGAGGUUCUUCUAGUUUAUAACAUACCUGACUAAAUUAACCAGCUGGCUAUACCCGACUGGUUUUCAUCGAACAUUCUCAAAAUAUAAAGCUAUUCCUUUAAAAUAUUCCAUGUACCGUAUAGUUUUUCCAGCUGCGACUACAAAGUGCCACUUUAUGCCCGCUGUUUAGAAAUUUCCACAUUCAGAGUGCAAAAUUUUCCACACUUAAUAGGAUUUGAGUGACUAUGAGAAUUCAGGUUCCACUUCUCUCCGCCUGAGCGAGAGGAGCCGCUCAAGUAACAUUACUCAUCCUGUUUAACAAGAGAAAAAUUUCAUGGCAACUUGCGGUUUAGACGAGACUAUCUUUAGCGUUGUGUCGCCCGUAGACGUUUAUGUGGAGCCUUCACUGCAGUUACAAGCAUCACCUCAACAAGUGUAGGGAAUGUUUUUGUAAGCUUCUCCUCAAACAAUUCCCACCGUCAGUUGUGAUACACAGAUUCUUCAUUGGGAUGGUGGAGGGUUUGAUCUCUCGGCGGUGUGUUUGGGUGAAAAGUGUAGUAAUAAUUUUUCAUGAAAUGUACGUGGUGAUCUUUGGUCUGUUAACUUUAUUAUGAGUCUCCCGUAACAACGACAACAAAAAAUGCUGACUCAGCGUGCAGGUUUCUCGGUAAACAAAUGGUCUGUGUGUGUGUUUGUGUGACUCAGAUCUGAGUGGCGUCUCAUUUACUGGUACUGUUUCAGUCCACAUCUGCAGCCUUUAACUCUUUGCUGUCUAAAUGCAAUGCUGUUUUUUGUUUUUUUUUUCAAUUUUGAACCAACCUUUGCUUUUCAUGCCUACAUUUUUUUUCUGUCGGCACCUGCACUCAUUUGCUUUUUUUUUUUCUUAAGACCAAAGACAUCUGCGAUUUUCUGCUGCUCUACUUGAUUUGGUUGUGAAAAUAAAUGUGCUCUCUGGUUCUGUAAUUGAAUCUCUUCUGCUCUGAGGGAAAUAUGAAGAGAGCAUUUGGGGGGAAAAACUACAAAAAGAGAAAAAAAAACAUUCCACAAAGAAACUAUCAUGGACACCAAAGGCUAAGACAGAUUUUUGGCUAAAGAAAGACAUGCAAGGUGCAAAAGGAAGAGAGAAAAACCAUUAGCAGAUUGGAUUGAUUUUGUUAUGACACUUUCCUCUCAUGUUCCAAAGCUGCAUGACAAGUUAAAUGCCAGGCAUUUCACACAGGUGACUGUUUCUUAACAUGGAUGUGUGGCUUAGUGAGUUGCAGGAGCUCUGUGCUUAAGCUUCUGUCUCUGAAAUAACAGAUGGUGAUUUUCAGUAAGUGAUUUGUCACUUGAUUUAAGGGAAGGGGACGCAUAAAUCUUAAUAAAAAGUACCGAUAGUGA